CCGCCGUGACGCCAUGCAGUCAUUCAUGAAAAAAAGGAAAAUAACAGCAACAAUCAUGAGGAGAGUCAGUGAAUGAGCCCGAGAAGAAGCGAGAGGCUGCUCUGGACAACCAAGUGCGGCCACCGAGAGAGCGAGAUGCGCGGAUAGAACGGCCCCGUUUGGAGGUCGCUGGAGGCUCCGAGAGCGAGAGACAGACGGACGGAAGGCGCCACCUGAAUCCCAGCGCGAUGGAGGACCUGUGCGAGAUGGACUGCCCGGUGCUGAAGCGGCUCCUGAAGGACGACAGCGCCAAGUGUCUGCUCCUGGACUGUCGCUCCUUCCUCGCCUUCAGCGCGGGACACAUCCGCGGCGCGGUCAACGCCCGCUGCAACACCAUCGUCCGCCGCAGGGCCAAGGGCUCCGUGCUCAGCCUGGAGCAGGUACUCGCCGGGGACGAGGAGGUCCGCGGCCGCCUGCGCUCCGGCUUGUACUCGGCCGUGGUUCUGUACGACGAGAGGACGCCGGACUCGGACACCGUCAAGGAGGACAGCACCGUCACACUAGUACUCAACGCUCUCUGCAGGGACUCCUCGUCUUGCAGCAUCUAUUUCCUCAAAGGUGGAUAUGACAGGUUUUUCACUGAAUACCCAGACUACUGUCUGAAGACCAAAUCCUUACCGACCCUCUCCAGCCAGUCCAGCGUGGACUCGUCCUGCUCCUCGUGUGGGACGCCACAUCACGAUCAGGGUGGACCGGUGGAGAUCCUGCCAUUCCUCUACCUCGGCAGCGCCCUGCACGCCUCCAAAAAGGAGGUUCUGGACGCCAUGGGAAUCUCUGCCUUGCUCAACGUGUCAUCCGACUGUCCGAACCACUUUGAGGGAGCGUACCAGUACAAAUGUAUCCCUGUGGAGGACAACCACAAAGAAGACAUCAGCUGCUGGUUCCUGGAGGCCAUCGAGUUCAUAGACUCGGUACGGGACACCAGCGGCAGAGUCCUGGUCCACUGUCAGGCCGGCAUCUCCCGCUCGGCCACCAUCUGCCUGGCCUACCUGAUGAAGAGGAAGCGCGUGCGUCUGGACGAGGCCUUUGAGUUUGUGCGUCGGCGCCGCAGCAUCAUCUCCCCCAACUUCAGCUUCAUGGGUCAGCUGCUGCAGUUCGAGUCCCAGCUGCUGGCCACCUCCUGCGCGGCAGAAGCUGCCGCCACGGCCAGCCCGCUGCUGGGCCCCAAGUCCUCCUCCACCGCCGCCUCCACCACGCCCACACCCACCUCGCCGUUCAUCUUCAACUUCCCGGUGUCGGUGGUGAACUCAGCCUACCUGCACCACAGUCCCAUCACCACCUCGCCCGGCUGCUGAUGGGCGACCGAGCACAAACUGUGGUGUCAACACGUGGUUCUUCCAGCUGAAAAGAUGUCGCGGUGCCUGACUCUGAACCUUGAACCUAAUGAGCGCACACACACUUGUACACACACACACAAACACACUCUCACUGGCGGGAGGAUCGCACUCGUGACUCUCAGUGUAAAGCUCUGUUGCCAUGGAGAUGACUAGUCUUAAGGAGAGGAGAUGGACACAGGAAGGAAGGAGAAAUCUCAAGCACCUGCUCUUUCCCUCUUUGGCUGUCCAACAAAAGAGAUGGAUGGAGGAAGCGGCGGAGGAGGGUGACAGAAAGCAGUGGCCUCUUUAGUGACAGGUGCUCCGACCGGAGUUUCCUGCGCCCCCUCCACCCCCCACCCCCUCACCUUCCUCUCAUCCCCUUUCAUGAUCCCCCCUCCUCUCAUCUCUGCUUCUCAUCUCCUCCUGACUCAAUAGACGAAAUAAAUCAAAUAAGAUGCCAAAAAAGGAGGGGCCAUGGCAGCGUCUGAGGAGAGCGACCCUCCCACUCUCGCCUCCCUGUGGUAUCCCAGCACCACCCACUGAGAGGUGACGGCACAAGAUGUUUCGGACACACUGGGUGUCGUCUCUCUUCGCGACAUCUCCACUCUGUUGGGCGAUUUGCUACUUUGUGGCCUGACAGCUUCAGUAGAAGAGCAGAGCUCCAUCACUCACUCCAAAUCCAACCUAAAGAAGUGGCGUGUGACAAAGCACUUCCUUGGAUUUGUUUCAUGUAAACAUUGGUACGCAACUGUAAUUCAGAGUCAUCAAACUGGUCCUUUUAACAAGUUUGUGCCUUGAACACAAGUUGGGACGUUGUUGGGACUUUAUUUUUGUUUUUAAACUUCUGCCAGUCAUUGAGAGGAAUGUUGAAGCAUUUCAGCUUUCAACUGUGACCAUCUCUGUCCAUCACUCGCCAUCCACAUAGCUGAAAAUGAUGCGAAGAACUCAGGUUAGCAACAGCUCCAGACGCACCACAGGUAUCCGAUCCAAGCUUGUCGUUGCAGCUAAACCUUUGAUGAAGAUUUUGUAACGUCCGGAAUGUUUUCUCUACAGCGACAGUCAGUAGCACCAUGACGCAAUACCAAACUCCCCACCGUCCGGUCAGCGCACCACACACAGUCACGGCCUGCACAAACACACGACAGGGUUCAGCGUUCAAACCUUCUUCUGUAUCGACGAUUGUCUCUCCGUAGCACUUUAAAGUGAUGCAAUACUGUACUUAAUUUAAUUUAUUGAUCUGCACAAUACGGUGACGAGGGGCCUGUCGUGGGGGCCCCCGUGCGCAGGAGAGCAGAGAGCCAAUCGGUAAACCAGGCAAUACUUUGUACCGUGAGUGUGGUCAGCGUCCAUCUGUCUGUGUCCGUCCAUCUGUCUGACUGUCAUGGCAAUAUCGACCCUCCUCUUUCUACCUGUAAAUAGAUAGUUGUACAUAGCCAGAAGAGUUUGCCCUCAAUUUUAUUGUGACAUGAUCUGUGCAUUUAUUUAUUACUGAAAUCCACCGUUGAAUAAACAAUGUUCUUAAUGAACUCG